CCUUUAAUAUCAAGAAGGGCCUCAACUAUCGAAGAUGAAUUUAACAAUGAAGAAUAUAACGAUUACGAUUCAGUAGAAACGAUUAAUGAAUCGCAUAAUUGGAAUGUAGAUUAUGAUAAUAAUCGAGAUCGUUGUGGUCCAAUAGAAACAUCACGCGAAACUGCUAUAAAACAAAUUUCGAAAUUACAGUCAACUAUUAUUAGUGAUUGUACAUCCAUACCAUUAAAUACUAUUAUAGAUUUAAAUGCUACGGUCGACGUUGAUGCGUCAAAUGGUCCUUUAUCUUUACAAUCUACAUACGGUAGAGAAUUAUGGUUUUGCUGUCUCCAUGCA